AUGUGCAGGCAAGAGGAGCCCAUGAAAUUUGUAACCUGGGUCUGGAUGACAUCGUGCAACAAAAUGAUAGGCGUGCUGCUGGUCUUUUUCCCUGCUCUUCUCCUGGAGGUGGACGUGCUGCCCAGGAGCACCGGGCGGAAGGUCCUUCUCUCUGCAGCCUCUUCGCAGCGGUCGGUGGCUCGGAUGGAUGGGGAUGUCAUCAUCGGGGCCCUUUUCUCUGUCCAUCACCAGCCGCCAGCUGAGAAAGUGCCCGAGAGGAAGUGCGGGGAAAUCCGUGAGCAAUACGGCAUCCAGAGAGUCGAAGCCAUGUUUCACACUUUGGAUAAAAUUAACGCCGACCCGGUCCUGCUUCCUAACAUCACUCUGGGCAGUGAGAUACGAGACUCCUGCUGGCACUCCUCGGUGGCUCUGGAGCAGAGCAUCGAGUUCAUACGGGACUCCCUCAUCUCCAUCAGGGACGACAGGGACGGAGGCACUCGCUGCGUUUCCGACUCGCAGACCCAGCCCCAGACCCGACUGAAAAAACCCAUCGCCGGGGUCAUCGGCCCCGGUUCCAGCUCGGUUGCUAUCCAAGUCCAAAAUCUGCUCCAGCUCUUCGACAUCCCUCAGAUUGCUUACUCUGCCACCAGCAUCGACCUGAGCGAUAAAACGCUGUACAGAUACUUCCUCAGGGUGGUCCCCUCCGACACUCUGCAAGCCAGGGCUAUGCUUGACAUCGUCAAGCGCUACAACUGGACCUACGUCUCCGCCGUCCACACGGAAGGAAAUUAUGGGGAAAGUGGAAUGGAAGCCUUCAAAGAGUUGGCUGCCCAAGAAGGUCUCUGUAUUGCUCACUCUGACAAGAUCUACAGCAAUGCUGGAGAAAAGAGCUUUGAUCGCCUGCUUCGCAAGCUGCGAGAGAGGUUGCCCAAGGCCAGGGUGGUGGUUUGCUUCUGUGAGGGAAUGACAGUGAGGGGGAUCCUCAUUGCCAUGAGGCGCCUGGGAGUGCUUGGAGAGUUCCUGCUGAUUGGAAGUGAUGGCUGGGCAGACAGAGAUGAAGUCAUUGAAGGUUAUGAGCCUGAAGCCAACGGAGGCAUCACUAUCAAACUGCAGUCUCCAGAGGUCUUGGCAUUUGAUGACUACUAUCUGAAGCUUCGUCUGGACACCAACACCCGCAACCCCUGGUUUCCUGAGUUCUGGCAGCACAGAUUUCAGUGCCGUAUCCCGGGACACCCCUUAGAGAAUCCCAACUUCCAGAAAAACUGCACUGGUAACGAGAGCCUAGAAGAAAAUUAUGUGCAGGACAGUAAAAUGGGAUUUGUCAUCAAUGCUAUAUAUGCUAUGGCUCAUGGGCUACAGAAUAUGCAUCAUUCCCUUUGCCCUGGACAUGUCGGGCUGUGUGAUGCUAUGAAGCCAAUUGAUGGCAGGAAGCUCUUGGAUUUCCUCCUCAAAUCCUCAUUCAUCGGUGUUUCUGGAGAAGAAGUUUGGUUUGAUGAAAAGGGAGAUGCCCCUGGAAGGUACGACAUCAUGAACCUGCAGUACAUAGAGCCCAACCGCUACGACUAUGUCCUCAUUGGGACCUGGCAUGAGGGUGUGCUCAAUAUUGAUGAUUACAGGAUUCAGAUGAACAAGAGUGGAAUGGUCCGAUCAGUGUGCAGUGAACCUUGCUUGAAGGGCCAGAUUAAGGUGAUCAGGAAAGGAGAAGUGAGUUGCUGCUGGAUUUGCACUGCUUGCAAGGAGAAUGAAUUUGUUCAGGAUGAAUUCACAUGUAAAGCCUGUGAGCUUGGCUGGUGGCCAAAUCCUGACUUGACAGGCUGUGAACCCAUCCCUGUAAAGUACCUCCAGUGGAGCAAUAUAGAGUCUAUUGUGGCUGUGGUCUUUUCCUGCCUGGGGAUCCUGGUCACCAUGUUUGUCACCCUUAUCUUUGUGCUCUACAGGGACACCCCUGUUGUUAAAUCCUCCAGCCGGGAGCUCUGCUACAUUAUCCUUGCUGGCAUCUUUCUGGGUUAUGUCUGCCCUUUCACUCUUAUAGCUAAACCCACCACGACAUCCUGCUACCUCCAGCGCCUUCUGGUGGGCCUCUCCUCUGCCAUGUGUUAUUCUGCCCUCGUGACCAAAACCAACCGCAUCGCACGCAUCCUGGCAGGCAGCAAAAAGAAGAUCUGCACCCGCAAGCCGCGCUUCAUGAGCGCGUGGGCCCAAGUGGUCAUUGCCUCCAUCCUGAUCAGCGUGCAGCUGACGCUGGUGGUCACGCUGAUCAUCCUGGAACCCCCGAUGCCCAUCCUCUCCUACCCCAGCAUUAAGGAAGUUUACCUGAUCUGCAACACCAGCAACCUGGGUGUCGUGGCACCCGUGGGCUACAAUGGACUCCUCAUCAUGAGCUGCACGUACUAUGCCUUCAAGACUCGCAACGUGCCCGCCAAUUUCAACGAGGCCAAGUACAUUGCAUUCACCAUGUACACCACUUGUAUCAUCUGGCUGGCCUUUGUGCCUAUCUAUUUCGGGAGCAACUACAAGAUUAUCACCACCUGUUUUGCAGUGAGCCUGAGCGUGACAGUGGCGCUGGGGUGCAUGUUCACUCCCAAGAUGUACAUCAUCAUAGCCAAGCCUGAGAGGAACGUCCGCAGUGCCUUCACCACCUCAGACGUGGUGCGUAUGCAUGUCGGGGAUGGCAAGGCACCUUGCAAGUCCAACACUUUCCUCAACAUAUUCCGGAGAAAGAAGCCAGGGGCCGGAAAUCCGAAUUCUAACGGAAAGUCUGUGUCAUGGUCUGAACCAGGUGGAAGACAAGACCCCAAGGGGGAGCACACAUGGCACAGACUCUCAGUGCAUGUGAAGAACCAGGAGACAGGGUGCAAUCAAACAGCGGUGAUCAAACCCCUCACUAAAAGCUACCACAGCCAAAGCAAGAACCAGACUUUUACCGACAUCAGCAGUAAGACUCCAUGCAAUGUGGAGGAGGAAGAAGGCAGAGAGCCCACUCACCUCAACCAGCCCAGCAGCCCCUCCAUGGUGGUGCACAGGCGAGUGGCGACAACCCCCCCGCUGCAGGCCACGACGGAGGAGACCCAACUCUUCUUGCCCGAGCAGUCCCCCAAGACCCUGCCCCUGCAGCCGCAGUCUCUCAUGGACCAGCUGCAAGGAGUGGUCAACAAGUUUGCCACCGGCAUCCCCGACUUCAACGCCAUCCUCCCUGCUCCCAGCCCGGGGAACGACGCGCAGUCUCCCUGCCAGCCCCCCCCGCCACAGCAGCAGCCCCUGCUGCCUCUCCAGGUCUCCUCCUUCAGCGAGGAGCCCCUGUCUGCCCUGGCCAAGGAAGUGGAGAGCGAGAAGUUGAAGCUCAUCCAGGGAUAUGUCUAUGAGAAGAACCCAGAGGAGGAGACGGAUGAGGAGCCAGCGACCAGCAAACUGACUCUGGAAGAUUCUCCGGCCCUGACGCCCCCGUCCCCUUUCCGGGAUUCGGUGGCUUCGGGUAGCUCUGUGCUCAGUUCCCCUGUCUCAGAGUCUGUGCUCUGCACCCCCCCCAGAUGUGACCUAUGCCUCUGUCAUCCUGAGAGAUUAUAAGCAAAGCUCGUCAACUCUGUAG